CGUAUGCUUAAAUUUUCUUUGUUUCUCUCCUGCUGCCCCUUGUCAGUCUUUUAUUUUUGGAGCCCAUCCUUCUGUCUUCCGGUGCAGUUCUGGCUGUGUGCGCUUGAUGUGCUGCCGCAGAUGACGGACCGCAGGCUUGCGCCUCCUCUGCCCGCACGUCCCCGCUCACUCUGACACACACGCACGCACACGAACCGACAGUGGCUGUUCUCGCCUCCUGGUCUCCGGAAUCAGAAGAGCUUUUGGAUUUAGCAGCCGCUGUUCUCUCGUUCAGGCGGCGGCGUGUGAGGAGCUGCGGAGAUAACUGGUGGUAAUAUGAGACCUGUUAGAGGGAGAUGUCAGUCCCUUCCAACUUGUAUCCAAUCUAUAAUGAUGGGGAUUUGAACACGAGUCUUCACCUCUCCUCCCAGGGACAGUCCUCUGCAGCCAUUCUCUAAUCACAGGCCUGGCAUCUUUCAUCCAUUCAUCCCUCUCUCCAUUCAUUUUUACCCUGUCAUGAAAGGCCUGUCCAGUAGUCGGAGUCACCAUCAUAUGGUCUCCUAUGAGCCAUCAUACGAUCCAUUGGGUCACCAUGUUGACCGUAAGCCAUAUUUGUUCGGCCAGAUGGAUAUGCCGUUGCCCAUUCCUAUGCCACACCCAUCUGAGUUGCCCUAUUACAAUGCUCAGCGUGUUCCAUACCCUUCUGAAAGCAACAGCAUUGUCCCAUAUGGAACCUUCCCACGGAGGUGUCACUCCACCUCCUCAGCUCACCAUCCUGAGGUAAAGGAUGAGUGUAUGGCCAUGGUGCCAUAUGUAGGUGGAGGAGGAAGAGGAGGAGGAGGGGGAGGAGUGUAUGGGGGUAAAUCUCAGUCUUGGGUACCAGUAAAUUUUGCGGACCCGUAUGAGCAACAGCCAAUAUUUUCCAGAGAUGGCUACCACACACUGCAGUACAAACGAGGAGUGUUGUCCCACGCUGGGGGCAUAGGAGCCAAUGACAACAAUGACAGUCCUGGGCGAAUUCGCCAUCUGGUCCACUCAGUCCAGAAACUCUUUACAAAGUCACAUUCAUUGGAGGGGCCCCAACACACUCAGUCAUCUAAAGGGCCAGCUAAUGGGAGUGUGUAUGGUGGUGGUGGAGGAGGUAGCUGUGGUGGUGGUUCAAGGGCCAGCCCAGAGGGUGCGGCUCCUCCUGGGGCAGUGCGCCACCGGAAGCGCAGCAAGAGCCGUGAGCGCUGUCGAUCAGCAGAGCCCAAACAUCGAAGCUACCACCACCAUCACCAUCCCCAGCUUCAUGGCUCAGCAUCUGCUCCGGGGUCUGGAUACUGGAGCUCAGAUGACAACCUGGAACGGGAGCUGUGUCUUUACCACCCUCAUCAUCACCAACCUCCACCCUCACCCUCCCUCUCUAUUUCCCCCUCACCUAUGACAACAGGCCAGUGCCCUGGCAGCAACCCCGACAAGUAUCCCCAGACUCCCCUCCCAAAUCUCUCCUCCUCGCAGUCCCAACAGUACUUCAUCAUGGACCCCUAUGGGACAGUUAACGAGCAUGCACACACCCAUGCACGCCAUGGCCACACUCACCACCACUCUGCACUCAAAGCCUCUCGGAGCAACAGUGAUGUGAAAUAUACUGCUUCACCUGCAUGUAUACCAGUUAGUGGUAACAGCAAUAAGAGCGAUGGCUGUAUCGGUGGAGGAAGUGGCCCCUUGCUGCCACUGGGUCUUGUGGACGGGCCUGUUGAGAAGAAAGGGGCAUGGUCAUCAAGCCUAACGGUGAGCAGGGCCCGAGAGGUCUACACCAACACCAGCAGCCACAACCAGCUACGAACCAGCGCAGGAUCCGGUAACCUAAACCUAGAUAGAGCUCUAGUCAAAUCUAAGGGCAGUCAGCAGCAGGACCCUUCUUGCCAAUUCUUACAGGUACCUCAAGAUGAGUGGAGUGGUUUUUCUCCUCUGGGGAAGGAGGAUGACAUUCCCUGUCGAAGGAUGAGGAGUGGCAGCUAUGUGAAAGCCAUGGCUGAGGAUGACAGCGGAGACUCUGAUGGAAGUCCCAAACCUUCACCGAAGAUGCAGGCACGUCGCGCCAGCUACCUUAAAGCUACACAGCCGUCACUUACUGAGAUGACCACUCUACAGUAAGAUUUCUACAUUUCCUUUUUUCCAAGUAGAUCAUUUGAAAUAAAUUUCUGUUUCAUUCAAAGUGAUUAUUCAGAAGGAUUUCUGCUUUAGUCUAUUGAUGUGCAAAGGAUCCUC